AUGCGACCGCAGAGGCACAGGCGUAGAUGUACAGCCAUGCCGUCGCUGACGUGUUGGCUUCACGUUUUUUUCAUUCUCGUUUCGUUUGGCUUUCCUUUCGUGCACUGCCGUAGUACCAUCGCUUCUCGGUUUCUCUGUCUUCCUAUCCCCCUUCUGCUCCCUCAGCAUGUUGGCUCGGUGUGUGUGUGUGUGUGUGUGUGUGUGCCGGACAUUUUCGCUUUCGCCGCCACUCCCCUCUCUUCUCGUGCCACUCUAGUCGCACAUAGGUGUGGCAUGACAUCUCCGCCCUUCCGCACUCACUCUCUGAACCCAUCGCACGCCCACCCUCGGCGUCUCCUCCGCUCUCCUUUCCACCUGGUCAGAUCGAGGAGACGUGUGCUGCACCGCUGCUUCGGCGCCGGCACGGCUGCAUCGCUCGGGCCCCUCCCCCCUUUUACAAGAAACGAAAGAAUUGCAGAUGUGUUGCUUGGCCGUGUCUCCUUCGCUUGUGUUGCGCGCCGCUUCCCAGUCCACUUCUCUUGCGCCUCCACCCUCCUCUUCCCCCUCCUCCGGUCGCUCGUUCGCCCGUCCUCGGCGCACAGCUGCGUGUGCCCGCCACCGCCCACACCCUCCUCCACGGUCACAUUAUUGCCAAAGAGAGUUCUCCGGUUAGCCUCACCUCACUCCCCAUCCUUCUCGUUCACACGGCAUCCACUCAAUACCCCUUUCCUCCCUUUUCCCUUGACACAUUGGCACAGAGAGCGGUGGCUCGUGUACACAACGAGCGCGCAACUUGCCUCUGCUCUUCACCUCUCGGUAGCACCUUUCAUUGGAUACCCCACCUCUCUCUCCAUCUGCUGUUUCUCUCUGCGUCUGCUGCUCACGCACCCCCUCUCCGAACGCGUGGGCAGCAACGUUGUCACACCCCGUUCACACCGCCAAUCCCGCACGCGCUCUUCCCGCGAGGGGCGGCCGAACACAGGGAAGGCGAAAAGGUCGAUCACGAACCACGAACAGGCCCCUCACCCCCUUCCCCCCUCCAACAACAGCAGCAAAUUCAGAGAGGGAGGCCGUGACGGGGCCAACACGUGGAGGGAGCGAGCAUCGACACACCCCCACCUUCGUUUCGUUAUAUCACACAUCGUAUAUAUCUAUAUCUAUAUACAUAUUUAUUUCAUUAAAUUUUCGCGAGAUUUUGUGCUUGCGUUUUUGUUUUGUCGUUGUCGUUGUUGCUUUGCAUGUGAUUGCUGUGGUUGUGGUUGUCGCUGGAUAUCUGUUCCGCUACUCUUCUUCGCCAUCCUCCCCCUCUCUUUGUCCCUCCUCUUCUGCACUUUCACAUCGUUGCCACAGAGCACCUUGUUCUUUCUCCCUUUCUCACUCGCUUUCCCUUGCGCUGCUCGUGUUGCGCGUGCUCUGGACGUUCUCCUCUCCACCCACUGUGCCCUCGUGAUCCUCUCGCCAAGUGAUACGUUUUUUUUUUUUCUUGUUUCUUGUUUUCGUUACCCCCCUCCCUCCCUCCCUCCCUCCCUCCCUCUUCCUGCUCGAGACAAGCAGCUGCGGGUCGUCGAUCGCGCCGCCCUGACGCGUCACUGA